AAAAAAAAUGGAUUUGGAUUCAAAAUUUUACGUCUAUCUUUCACAAGAUCUUUCGUUAAUGUUGGAUGAUGCAGAUGAUUAUAAUGUCAUCAUUCAAACUGGAGAAGGCCAAAACAUAAAAGAAUUUAGUGCACAUUCAAAUAUUUUAAGAGCUCGUUCACCUUAUUUUAAGAGUGCACUUUCAACAAAAUGGAUUACCAAAAAAAAUAAUAUGAUUGAAUUUAAAAAACCUAAUAUUCGUCCUACUGUUUUUGAAAUAAUUCUCAAGUAUAUUUAUACAGGUGAAGCGGAUUUAUCCAAACAAUCAGGAGAAAAUAUUCUUGGAGUUUUAGUCGCGUCCGAUGAAUUAUUAAUCGAUAAAUUAUUUAAAUAUGUUCAAGAUUAUUUAAUUGAAAAACAAACAAAUUGGGUUAAACAAAAUUUUGUUCUUGUUCUUCAUACGGUCUUUAAACUUACUAGUUGUAAGAAAUUACAAGAUCAUUGUGUCGAAUCUAUAUGUGCAGAUCCACACCCAUUUGUUACUUCAAAGGAUUUUCCAUCUCUUGAUAAGGAUAUUUUUUAUGAAUUACUUAAACGAGAUGAUUUACAAAUUGAAGAAGCUGUCGCUUGGGAUUCUUUAAUUAAAUGGGGUAUUGAACAAACUCCUGGUUUAGGAAGUAAGAAUAAUGAUAGAACUAAAUGGAAUAAUAAUAAUUAUGAUGCAUUAAAGAAAACUUUAAGCCGUUUUAUUCCUUUAAUUCGAUUUGUGGAUAUUUCUUCUGCUAAUUUUUUUGAUAAAGUUCGUCCUUAUAGAGCCGUUAUCCCUCAUCAUAUUUAUGAAGAGGUAGCCGAAUUUUAUUAUAAAAAUAAUUUACCAAAAACCACAACUUUACCUCCAAGAAAUGGAAAGAUCCGAAUUAAAUCAGUACUUAUUAAACCUGAACUUGCUAAUAUAAUUGCUGGUUGGAUCGAAAGAAAAAAUGGAAAAAGCCCAUCGCUCGAUAAAAAGUAUAAGUUUGAUCUUCUUUAUCGUAGUAGUCAGGAUGGAAUCAAUCACAAUACAUUUCGAAAUAAAUGUGUUAAUCAAGGUCCAUAUUUAGUAUUAGUCAAACAUCAACAAUCAGCAAAAAUUUAUGGAGGAUACAAUCCAAUCGGAUUUAUAAACUCUGGUAAUCAAUGGCGUAGUACAACUGAAAGUUUUAUAUUUUCUUUUGAAAAUAGCACAGAUAUUCAAAAUAUGAAAAUAAGUCGUAUAAAUAAUAACUAUUAUAAUUAUGCAAUAUACGAAUCUUCCAGUUAUGGAUUUAGUUUUGGUAACACCUUUUAUAUGAAUAGCGACAAACGAAUAUAUUGUAGUAAUAAUGGCUAUUAUGAUGGUAAUCUUAAUAAUGUUUUAAAUCCACACAUAAAUCAAAAUGGCUAUUUUGCUCCAGAGGAGAUUGAAGUAUUUAGAAUAACCACUACAUGAUUUUAUGAUAUAUUGUAUAUAUUCCUGUGUGUUCGGUUAUGUAAGAAGAAUUUUAGGUUAUACGUUAUAACAAUUCGCACGUUGUAUCCUAUUUCAUAAUAAAUAAAUUGUAACGUCAAAUUUACAUAACUAUCAUUUAUA